AGUGAGUCAGAGAAACGAUUUGAAGUUUCUAUGCGAGUCCAACGGUGUUAUUCUGCUCAACUCAUCCCAUAACAAACACUAGCGACAGGCACACGAUGGCCCAGUGGCAGAAAUUGCUGAGGCUGGAUCCAGCACUCCAGGGCCAGGUGAGCCACCUGUAUGAGAGAAGGUUCCCCAGGGAGACCCGCCACUACCUGUGCAUCGUGAUAGAGAGCCAGGACUGGGAUUCGGCAGCUGUGGAUGAAAAUAAAGCAAGCGCUUGUCUCCAUGCACUCCUGCUGAAUGUAGACGAACAGUGGAACCGUUCUGUCCUUGAGAACAACAUUUUGCAGGGACCUGAUUUUCCAGGGAUGAGGGACUUCUUGCUGAAACACUUUCAAGCAGAGCCACAGAACUUGGCGAUAAUCCUCUCUGAAUGCCUGAAGGAGGAAAAGAAAAUCCUUGCGUCGGCUUCUGACUCACAGGGCUGCAGCAGUCCAACCAUGGAACUAAAAUGGAGAAAUCUGGACAACAAAGUCAACGAUCUGGCAAAACAGACUUCGGAGGUCAAGAAGGAAAUUAAGUCACUGGAGGUCCUCAAUGAAAAGCUUGACUUCAUACAGGAGACUUGGCAAAUCCAAGUGGAGCAGCAUAUUGGAUUGGCCCAGUCCCACGCUGUUGUGGAAGAGGAAUGUCUUAAGCAGGCCACCUUUAUCAAAAAAACAAAACAGAUGUUGCUGCAGCAGAUAGUGAACAUCUUAAAACUGGCAGAGGAGAUUUUGGUGUCUCUCACAGAUGUGGAGCUGCCUGAGUGGCAGAGCAGGCAGCAGUUGGCCUGCAUUGGAAGUCCAGUCGAUGCCAGUCUGGGACAUCUCCAGAAGUGGUUCACGUCUGUGGCAGAAGCACUGCUACGAGUACGCGAACAGCUGCAGAAAGUGCGAGACCAGAACAACAAAUACAACAGUGCUGAUGCCUCCAACCUCAGUGCUCCCAUGGCAGAGAUCGAGAAAUUUGCAUCAUCCUUGCUCACAAAGCUUGUUGCAAACGCUCUAGUGGUUGAGAAACAACCUAUCAUGUCGAGUUUACCACAGCGGCCUCUCGUACUGAAGACCGGGGUGCGAUUCACAGUGGCCGUGAGGUUCUUAGCAAACCUCCCAGAGUUCAAGUGUCUGCUCAAAGUCAAACCUGUAUUUGACAAGGAUGUUGAAGAAGCCAAGACAGUUAGAGGGUUCCGCCACUUUGACUUCAGCAGGGGUGACUGUAAGGUGUUGGAUGAGGACACGCCAGAUGGAGGAUUGGUCGCAGAGUUUGGUCACAUGUCACUCAAGGAAAUAAAAUCAAGAGGCAGAGGAUCAUCUGAGAAUCGUCUGGGAGUCACUGAAGAACUCCACAUCAUUAAGUUUGUGGCAGAGUUUCAAUAUGCUGGACUGGAGUGUAACAUUGAGGCCAGCUCCCUGCCUCUGGUUGUGAUCUCCAGUACCAAUCAGGUCGCCAGUGCCUGGGUCUCUGUCAUGUGGUGCAACAUGCUGUCCACCGGUGAACCAAGGAACCUGUCGCUGUUCGUCGACCCUCCUCCACUCACCUGGAAGCAGCUGUCACAGGUUCUGAGCUGGCAGUUUCUCUCUGUGGGCCAUCGGGGGCUCGACGAAAGCCAGCUCUCAAUGCUAAGAGACAAAAUUGUGGACGAUCCUAAUGAGCUCGUCCACUGGAGCAAGUUCUCCAAGAACGAAAGUGUCUGGAUUUGGAUUGACGGAAUCCUGGAUUUAAUCAAAAAAUACUUGGUGGAUCUUUGGCGGGAGGGCUUCAUCAUGGGGUUCGUGAGCAGGAAGAGAACGCAGGCCCUGUUGCAGGAAAAGCAAACCGGGACCUUUCUGCUCCGCUUCAGCGAGAGCAACAGAGACGGAGCCAUCACCUUCAGCUGGGUGGACCACAACAGUGGUGAGACCCGCGUGCAUUCGGUGGAGCCCUACACCAAGCAGGAGCUGUCGGUCAUGUGUCUGCCAGACAUCAUUUACCACUACAGUCUGCGAGCCCAGAGGACCAUGCCCAGGAAUCCCCUGCUCUAUCUUUACCCAGACAUCCAUAAAGACACUGCCUUUGGACGCUACUACAAGAUGUCUGCAAGGUCGGUGCCUAAAAAGGUCGUAGACGGGUACGUCAACAGAACGCUCAUCCCCGUCUCAGUCUAUCCAACGCCACCUCCCACCCCACCGCGGGAGAUUCAGAUGAUGGAUUUGGAUGUGGACAUGGACAUGGACAAGGACAAAGACCUGAAUAAUUACAACGUGCUUCAGGAACUCUUCGGUGAUUUAUUCGAUUCCUGGACCCCUUAUCAACAGAUGCCACCGACUCAGAGCAACUAUGUUGAUCCCAGUAGUUCCUGAAAAUGUGCCGGGUCAGAAUCCAAAUGUUUAGGUGCUACAGGUGUCAGUACUACAGCAAAAAAAGAACAAAAGGAAACCAUAACAUGGUCACUUGCUAUGAACAACGAAGUAAAAAAAACAAUCAAUGUGUGAUUGUUGCACUGUAAUAUCCUGCUAAAUGUAUAUGUUGUGCAAACAUAAAAAAAUGUUUCUGCUGUUAAAUUGUUGAAAACUGAAAGAUCACUUUUUCAAGAUGAAAAUCCUGCUGUGAUGGGUAAAAAUGCAACAGUGGUCUGUACAUAUUCUGUACUUUUGUUUAUUAAAAUAAACAUAUCUGAAUGCAUUCCAGUGCCAAGAGAAAUUACAUCUGCAUCAUACAGCGCUGAACAUACAAUAACAACUUUAUUCAUACAGAGAAGAGGACAAAGACAUUCAGUGGCCUCAUGUCUUCACUGCUUGUUUUGUAUUAUUGUCGUCGUUUUCUCAUGUUGUCAGCACUUGAAUAAGUAGAGUCCCAUAAAUGUCACUAAUGGAUUACCUGAUGAGUCUGAAGUAUAACCAACGAAGCCUCA